UGAAAAAUAUGGUCAUGGAUAAGCACAAAAUAUGGGUCGUCUUGGCGACAUUGUCACUGGCGAUCUCCGCUGUGGAUUUAUCAUCCGCAGCGAAGUUCCCGGUCAUCAAUUUGGUCAAUCUAUACGACCAAAAUAAUGUGACCUUGUUAUGUAAGGCUUUAGAACAAACCAUACUGCCAGGCAAGAGAUUUUCAUUUGAAGCCAAGGAGAAAAACGACCCUGAUGCCUAUGGUUGCGGCUGCUAUGACAGUCACGAAGGCAAACUGAUGAUCGAUGCAUAUGAUCUAAAGAGAGACAAACAGAAUCAACUGAUCCAUUGGAAGUUUACCAGCGUUGGGGCAUAUCUUAGUUAUGAUAAUAUUCACUGGAAAUUGGAUGCGGAGUGGGAAUCUGAUUAAUUAAUUGAUUUUAUCUUCACUUUUCGUUGUUGUUUAUGAUAUCAACAUUAUUAUAAAAUUGGAUUCUUCUUCAUUUUCUUGAGUUUUUUCCCUGAAUAAUGUUAAUUAAAUAAAUACGUUACGUUGUAAUUCCCAAAAUACUGUUGGUUUAAAAAUAACUCCCAAAAUAUUGCUGGGUUAACCUGGUUAAGAAAAGCCGC